AUGAGAUUUCACUCUCUGUGUACUCUCUGGUUGAUUUCACUGACCAGAUCCCUCGUCAAGGCAUACAAUGAUCCCCUUGCUAAGCUCGACUACGGAUCCUUCCAGGGAAAAUAUGACGAGACCUACAACCUCUCCUAUUUCCGCAAGAUACCAUACGCAGCACCCCCAGUCGGCGUGAAUCGUUUCCGCGCACCACAGCCACCAUCCAAGAUACCAAAUGGCGUCUACAACACCGACCAGGGCUUCGAUAUGUGCCCACAGCGCACUGUGAACGGAUCCGAAGACUGUCUCUACCUCGGCCUCUACUCACGUCCAUGGAGCCCGAAUCCAGCGCCUCGCAGACCCGUUCUCGUGGUCUUCCACGGAGGCGCUUUCGUCCAAGGAGAAGCAUCCUUCGAGCUUCCCCCCUCCUCAUUCCCCGUGCUCAACGUCAGCUCUCUGAACGACUACAUAGUCAUCUACCCCAGCUACCGCGUCAACGCCUUCGGCUUCCUCCCCGGAACAGCAAUCAAGAACUCCCCAACUUCAGACCUGAAUCCAGGUCUUCUGGACCAGGAAUACGUCCUUAAAUGGGUCCGAGCCCAUAUUUCACACUUCGGCGGUGAUCCUCAUAAUAUUACCAUCUGGGGCCAGUCGGCCGGUGGUGGAUCUGUGGUUGCGCAGGUCCUUGCGAAUGGUCGCCCAGGGCACGAGAAACUCUUCUCUAAGGCGCUCGCUAGCUCUCCGUACUGGCCGAAGACGUAUCGAUAUGAUGACCCCGAGGCAGAGGAUAUCUACGAAGAGCUUGUUAAUCUAACCGGGUGUGCUACUGCUAGAGAUUCCCUCUCUUGCUUGAAGAAUGUCGACGUCCAGGUAAUCCGCGACGCUAGCCUGGCCAUCAGCGCAGACCAUACGUACACAACAACAUCGUAUACCUGGGCGCCUGUUAUCGACGACGAAUUCCUCCUCUCAACACUCACAGAAGCAACAACAACCCCGCACCACCGCGGCCACGCCAUCAAAACAGACCAUAUCCUCGCAACAUACAACACCCACGAAGGCGAGGACUUUAUUCCUCCAGGCCUGGCCUACAAAGACCCAACAACGACGAACUCAACAAACGACGGAUUCAACUCAUCCACCGCGAGUUUCCACUCCUGGCUCUCGGGGUUCCUACCCGAUCUAUCACCGGCGGAAAUCCACGAGCUUGAAACAAGGUUUUACCCUCCCAAUGGCCACACCGAGACCCUAGACCUGUACAACUCGACUUUUGUGCGCGCGGGGCUCGUUUAUCGAGAUGUUGUCCUUGCCUGUCCGGCUUAUUGGCUUGCGGGGUCGGCAAGGGAAGAGGGGUAUUUGGCGGAGUAUACGAUUGAGCCGGCGAGGCAUGCUAGUGAUACUGUUUACUGGAACUCGGUCAACCCAGUCCAGCAAACCAACCCGCUAAUCUAUACGGGAUUUGCGGGGGCUUUCGCUAGUUUCUUCCAGACGGGGGACCCGAAUGCGCAUAAGUUGACAGAUGGGGAUGUAGUGGGGGUUCCGGAGUUGAAGGGGACGGACGAAGAGUUUGUGAUCAGGGAGGGUGGGUUUGAGAAUGUUCGGUUGGAGGGAAUGAGGGCGAAAUGUGAAUUUUGGAGAGGUGUUGGGGGGAGGGUUCCUGUCUAG